AAACAAGAUCUAUCGAAGUAGCCAUCGGCUGCAGGAAAUACGGCUGCCAUCUUGGAGCGGUCAUCCUACCCACUUGGCUAAGCUAACAGCUGAAGAUGCCUCAGCACUGCCUGAUAUUUUUUGUUCAAAUCGACGGACUAGUGACGUGAGGGCUCGGCGGAUAACUUUUCACAAGUCCAACAUGGUGGGACAGCUUGUCCUUCAGGGAGUUCUGGUUCUUUGUUUGGUGCAGGCGGCACACACAGGCGGUUAUAGUUCUUCUUAUGGACCUUCUACGGGACAAGGACCUCGACCUAAUGGAAAUGUACUUCAGAACGGCGGCAGGGCUGCAUCAUUCCUGAUCCCAUCGAAAGGUUAUGGAGCUGGGAUGAACAAAGGAGUAGGAAUAAAUGGAGGAAGAACCGGAGCCGCUAAUGGAUAUGGAGCUGGACCAGCAAAUCUACAAAAAAUGAAAGGUUUUGGUGCUCAAGCUGGUGGAUAUGGCAGACAAGCAUCUAAAGGCAAUGGUGCUGCAGCUGCUUCACAAAGUGGAUUUGGAAGUAUAGGCAACGGGUAUGGAGUUAUAUCUGGACCAACCACUCUACAACAAAUCAAAGGCUUCCAGGCUCCAGCUGGUCGAUAUUUAGGACAAGCAACCAAAGGCAACGGUUAUGAUGCUCAUGCUGCAGCGUAUGGUGAGCAAGGAGAUAAAGGCAAUGGUUACGGAGCUCAAGCCGGUGGAUAUGGAGGGCAAGGCUCUAAAGGCAAUGGUCAAAGACUUAAUGGUGGAGCGUCGAGUAGCAAUGAAGGAAGGCCAAAUGGUCAGGGACAUGGAGGGAACCACCUGAAGGGAUAUGGCCGCCCUCAUUAUAUUCCAGCUGUGGAAAAGGGGCAAUUCAGAGGCCCCCAUCCUGCCAGAGACCAAGGGAAUGUGUAUGGUGGUAAUGGUUACAGAACUCAUCCAACUAAAGGUUUCAAUGGAGGUUAUGGUGGAGCUGGUUUGAGUCUGGGAUCUCUGUAUGGAAAUGGCGUAAAGGGACCAAUGAAAGGUCACAGUGCUUCAGCUGGUGUAUCCAAUGGACAAGGUUCACAAUCCAAUGGUCAUGCUGGAGUCAGAUCACCAAAUGGGUUUGGAAAGUCAAGAACUGGAGCUGCCAAGGCUGCGAAAGCAGGAUAUGGAAGUACCAGAGGAGCUGCUUUAGGACCCCAAAUAGGGUAUGCAAAUGGAGCAACUCCCAAUGGGUUUAGAUCCAACCGUGAAGGUUAUGCAGCUUUGAAAGGAUUUGGUCCUCAAAUGAAUGGCCGUGGAGUUGGACGUGUUGCUGCGCUGGGGGGUUACCAACACCAACCUGAGGGUUUCAGGUCGGUGACUGGAAAAGGUCAAGCUGCAAGAGGAGCAGCUUCAUCGGGUGGAAACGGCCUGAAAGGCGGAGUCCUGCCGACUCAGCAACAGGCUGCUGCUUCCAGUCCCACCGCUGGCUUUCACUACCUGGGGCCAAACAAGAAGCACCAGAACCUGGCUUCACCUGCGUCACAAGAUAAAACGUACAAACAGACCCGGCUGCACCUGGGCUCCGGUCCAGAAUCGGCUCCAGCUUUACACAGAUACCCAGAGCCUCAGCACGGACUCGAACUGGCAACUUUGGGUCAAAAAAGAACCAAAUAUGAAACAGAACCAGGAGCGGUUCUUUCUCCAGGCAAGCACCUUUAAUUUAAUUUAUUUCAUCAUUAAUGUCUUCUUUAAUACUGGAGU